AUGGAGCCGCAUGCGCAGAAAAUAUUCAGUAAAAUAGUUGAAAACUUUACAAUCUCCGAGAUCUACAUUAGUUUACUUUGUGUCCAAAGAGAUUAUCAUACCAAAAAGGAUAAUCCCCCUAUUUCCUAUUGUCUGCAGGAAUUAAGCAUAUUAUUAGUUAGUGUUUUAUUUGUCUCAGAACUUGGAAAGAAAAUCAAAGAAAAAGUUAAAGAGCUAAAAAAUGACAUAUGUUCCGAUAUUGAUGACGGUGAUCUAGAUUUACAGCUCUGGAAGGUUAAUAUCUUUAAUAGCGAUGUAGACAAGUUUUCGAGCCUUCGUCUACAAGAGGAUGAAAGUAAGGGUAUAGAGAAACUUGAAGGAACAAACCUUAUUAGUAAAUAUUGGGGUGAUUUAGAAGAAGGAUUUACUCAUGUUAUUGUUACCUCAAAUUAUUUAAUUAAUCAAAAUUUGAGAGAAAAAAUUAAAGAAUUAACUGAAAACUUUGAGAAUGUGUCAAUUCAGUUUGAAAGUGAGUAG